AUGCCCAAGCGACCUAAGCUCAGCACCAGUCGCACCGCCAAGAGCAAAGAAACAGCAAGGAUAACGUCAGCACCAAGUGUACUUCAUACUCGAGAAUUAUGUGAAAACAUCAUCCAGCACGUGUGCCAACACGAUCAACGAUCUCUCCUCUUGACCGACAAGAGCUGCUUUCACAUUGUCGUACCUUUCCUGUGGGAGACCGUAUAUGUCAGAUGUCACUGGCGCAAUCCCAGCAUAACCGAUAUUGAAUCGUGGACCGAUCUUUCUUAUUCACCGAGGGGGCAGUUGUAUCACAAAUACAUCAAUACACUUUUCUUCCUUGCUUCUGAAUCGGAUAUCAAUUGUCCAUUGUCGGCCAUGGGCUUCGAAAAAGGUCAUGCCCGGGAGCCGGAUUGGCAAUUGGCAAAAGCAACUAUCGAAAGAGCUCGCAAGUCGUGUCCGAACCUACAAUUGAUUUAUUACGACGUUUCCGAGCGUACCAAGAUGGUGAUGAAACUCUCGUUAGGCAUUGUUACCGAAGUCACGUGGAGAGAAGCUCCAAUGAGAUACCGAGACCCCUACAAGCCACACUUCUGGCCCGAUGCCAUAAAUUACUAUCCUAAAACGAUAUCCACCCUCGGUCCUUGGAUGCUAAAGACCCACUACUACGAGCGAGCUGUUGCUGAAACAAUGUCUACGACAAGCAGCCUCAACGACGACCCGGACUCGAAGCUCACCUUGAUAAUUCCAGCUCUUCCAGGCUACCUUGGGAGAUUGGACAUGGAGCGUCACUCGUCUAGAACCCCUGUUGAAGCCAUCAAAGUCACUCUUGGGUCUCAAGAUUCGUUGACCGCCCUUCUGGAAAUGGUGGGCUCUCAUCUUCGUUUGUUACGGCUCAAAAUCUCGUACUCUUCCGAUCUUAGUUCCGCCGGGGCAUCCUGCUUAGCUGCGACUCUCAAAUCUUCGUGUCCGGAGUUGGAAGAGUUACUUUUGUGUGGCCUUCUCGAGAAAGACUGUCAUAUCGCCUUGAUACGCAAGGCAUCGCCUCACCAGUCAGAUGGACCGAGACGCAUUGGUUUGGGGAUAAGUCAACCAAGUCCAUCGAUCCAAGCGCUUCGAUUCAUUUUCGACCUUGUCCUUCACUUUGAACGUCCUUCGCACAAUGACUAUUUUCUCCUACGAUCGUCUUGUUCACCACGUGGUUUACCCAAUGUACUACCUUCCGCUCAAUGGCGUGCAUGGGCCAUGGCCGACUUCACUACCCUUGGUCUCACGGAUCCUUAUCAUAUAGAUAUGAUGGCAUGUGACGACAACAAUCAAGCAAUACCUAUUCCGGACACUCGUGGAGGACCAGAGGCUAUUGAUGAAGGAUCGCAGGAAUCUCGAGGAUAA